AUGGUAAGUCCUUCACAUGCGCGCGAAGGCCGUUGUGGCUGCUUGGGGCUGGUCUUCAACCACUCUGUGCCGUCCAAGAAUCCCAAAGGAUCCCACCUAGAAGUUCAUCGUGUGCCGUGUGGGCCUGUCUUCGCUGUCAUCUUCCUUGGCCUCCUACACUGCUAUCUGGCUGCCUUCAUGAUCCAGGAGGAGUUUGGCGGACAAGUGACGGGGCUCUCUGAAACAAGGCUUGAUCCAGCGGUGAGAGAGGGCGAAUGGGGCCAGGGCUAUAGCUUAGGGCAGCAGCGAACCCUUCCACAGCUAAAGGUCCUGCCAGUGACGCUGUGCUACGCUAAAGCUAAAGAGGACACGCAAGCCCACCCCAAAAUCUCCAUUCACAGCACGAGUUUGGACACAUUUGAAGGAUGUGGCUACAAAGAAGAAGAAUUUGCAUACAUUUUCCCCAAUAAAAUCAUUGUUUUACCAAGAGACUCUUUUACUCCAUAA